GGCUUAAAAAUCUUAACAACCCCUUUGCGAUCCGUGCACCCAGUAUCAUGUAUCGCUAUUGAGAAUUAAAAACAAAGCGUUUCACAUUUGUGUAAACUGUAAGGAUGGCAUUACACGUGGAGCAAAACUAGUGGUCCACUAAAGAUGAGGUUCAAUCCAUGUAAUCUAUUUUAUGUGGUUGCAUCGCAUAUAAUUCAAUAAACCAAUCAUAAAUCAUAUAUACUUUUAUAUAAAAACACAAACUGAAACCCUCAAUUUUUGAAUUGAGGUCUCCAUUUCUGCACCUUGAAGUUCCUGCAAAUCAAGAGAAGAAGAAGAAGAAGAAUACGAAGAUGGCAUCCAUUUCCGCUUCCAUUUCUACCUCCUCACCUUCAUUCUCUCUUCUCCAAAAACCUUCAAUCACUACCCGCAGUUCCCCCAUCCUCGGGUUGCCAUCAAUGAGCAAGAUGGGAAAAGUGAGGUGCUCCAUGGAAGGAAAGCCAGCUGUCGCAUCCAAUGAUGUUCCACACAAAUUGAGUAUGGGCGCAUCAUCAUUGAUGGCUGCAGCAGUAGCUGCAACCAUGUCGAGCCCAGCUGCCAUGGCACUAGUGGACGAGAGAAUGAGCACAGAAGGAACUGGACUGCCCUUUGGUCUAAGCAACAACCUUCUCGGGUGGAUUCUUUUUGGCGUAUUUGGUUUGAUUUGGACACUUUACUUUGUGUACACCGGUAGCCUUGACGAGGAUGAGGAGUCUGGUUUAUCCCUUUAAACUUUCUUCCCUAAAUUGACAAUGUGCGUAUUGUAAUGGACUUAUGUGUAAUAUUAUUCAUGUAUCCUCUCUGUACACUUUGAUCGUGGAGUAUUUGUGUUUAUGAAAAUUGCACUUUUGUCCUUGUAGAUUUAAACUUUGACAUAUUUCUUGUAAAGUUUAAUUUCGUUUUCUUUAUGCAGAUAUUCUGGAAGAAAAUAUUCUAUUUCAGAUAUUUUGUUAAAUAUUUUGUUUAAUCAUAAGAUAACC